AUGACCUCUCGUGUUGCCCGCACGAUCUCAAUUCAAGCACGAAAAUAUGCAUCAAUUUCUGCCUCUGUAUCUCCAAAUCUUAGCUCUCAUAGCACUGGACCUUUUCAGGUUUUCGACCGUGAGGCUAAACGCAUUCAACGUAAUCUUGCUGCCCUCCGGGACGGUGGUGCUUCAAGCAGAACGGUAGACUAUCUUCGAACAGAGAUUGCAGACAGAAUGAUGGAACGACUAACGGAUAUUAAACGGAAAUUCAGCACCAUAGUGGACCUUGGUUCGGGAUCUGGGCAUUUCACGAAGUUACUCAAUCCAACAUAUACACAGAAGAGCAUUAUGCUCGACCCCAGCAGGGAGAUGCUGCACCGUGACUCAGAUUCCGAGUUCCAAGUUCAGGUCGACCGUAUUCAUGCUGACGAGGAAGAAUUAUUGCAUAUUCUGGGACGAGAAUCCCAGGAGGCUAUAGUAUCGUGUUUAAGCCUCCAUUGGGUCAACGACCUGCCAGGCGUUCUAAUACAGGUCAAAGAAGUGUUGAAACCCGAUGGUUUAUUCCUGGGUGCGAUGCUUGGUGGCGAUACUCUCUUCGAGUUAAGGACAUCCCUUCAACUUGCCGAGGUCGACCGUGAGGGCGGUAUUUCUCCUCAUAUUUCCCCAAUGACCGACAGUAGAGAUAUUUCCAGUCUUCUCGGGCGCGCUGGCUUGACCCUGCUAACGGUCGACGUUGACGAGGUGAAAGUUAACUACCCGAGCAUGUGGGAACUGGUAGAUGAUCUCAAGAGUAUGGGGGAAAGUAAUGCUAUCGUUGGAAGACGCCAUUUUAUUCACAGAGAUACUUUAGCGGCCGCUUCUGCCAUAUACAAAGAGCUACACGGUAACGAAGAUGGUACAAUCCCGGCGACCUUCCAGAUAAUCUUCAUGGCAAGUUUUCUCUGUCCUUCUUAG